AUGGAGCUGGACGCCUUAUGUGUCAUCUCCCAGUUUAAGACUGUGCAAGACCUCAGUCCAACUCAAGACCUACACAGACUGGAGGAAACCAGCGUACUCACAGAGAACCAACACAAGUACAAACAGAACACAUGCGGUCCACACACAAAGACUCGAUAUUUAAACCCUGAACCUUCAUCCACUCAUCCACUGUCCUCUUGUCUUUAUCUUUGUUGUUACUAUAACAAUUGUGUUGCAGGUCAAAGUUGUCCUAAAGGCUGGAUUCAGUUGAACAAUCGCUGUCUCAUUUUCGUGGAUAAAGAGUUCAAUUUUAAUCUUGCUGAGAUUUUCUGCAAUACUUUUGGUGGAAAUCUGGUCUCCAUCCACAGUAGGCUGGAGAAUGAAGUUGUUCGACACCUGAUUCUGGCAGAGGCUGGGUCUUUCCAGCGUUCUUGGAUUGGGUUUCAAGACAUGGAUCAGGAAGGAGUCUUUGAAUGGACAGAUGGCUCAACCGUGGAUUUCACUGACUGGGCGAACAACCGACCAAGAACGAAUAGCAAUCUAAACUGUGCAGAGAUUAAUUUCAGAGGGGACUCCUGGAAUGAUAUGCGCUGCGGUGCUGAAAGACCUUUUGUUUGUGCCAGAAAUGUGGAAUACUAAUAUACACUAACAGAUCUAUGUCUUUUUCACUGUGUAUCAUCUUCUGCACUUUUCAGUUGAUACUGAACAUAUCUCAAUAGUGAAGGUGUCUGCCUGUAAUUGUGUGUGGCGUUUGCUUUUCUCUCUUUCAAACCUGAAAGGUGUGUUUCUAUAUCAGCGGCAGCCAGAGCGGCUUAUAGGACAUCAUUUUGUAGGGUGAGGGUAAGGGUGUGACGAUGAUAGACUGGAUUCCCCCUUUCUUUGUUGGCCCCCGCUGGGCUCACAGUGAGCAUUUGUGCUUCAGAGUUCCUUGCUUUAAUGACAAAAAACACCC